CAGCGACAUUGUUCCAGAGAGGAUAUCCUGACACUUACAGAGGUCUCUCAACUGCUAGUCACAAUGAAAGACCCGGGUCUCAUAUCCUCAUUCCUCCAGACCACUGCCGGCGAAUGGUUCAUGAUCCUCUCCCUCGUCUUUGGUGGCUGCUGCUCCAACGUAUGGGCAUUGGAGGGAGUCCUCAAGGACCAUCCCAAAUCUGGCACAUUCCUUACAUUCUCCCAAUUUGUCUUUGUCGCUCUACAGAACCUUUCAUCGCAAGUCGAGCUGGCCCGAAGCAGAUCAGGAAUACUUUAUCCCAAGCUCAAGACACGGAAUGUACCUCUGAAACGCUGGAUAAUACAGGUGAUCUUAUUCUUUGCCGUCAGCUUGAUGAACAAUUACGCGUUCGGCUUAAAGAUUCCUGUAACCAUUCACAUUAUUUUUCGGAGUGGUGGUCUUUGCGUAUCGAUGGUCGUUGGGAGGGUGAUUGGGAAGCGGAGAUAUUCAAUAGCCCAGAUGCUUGCUGGGUUGCUCAUCACCAUCGGCAUCGUCAUCGCUACCCUUUCCGCCCCCCAUCGACAACCGUCCCGAUCAAGUGGCACAGUAUCGGCAAGUACGACUGAAUCAGUCGUCCGACCAACUUCUUGGAUGGCCCAUGAGCGGGACUACCUGGCAGGUAUAGCUAUCCUUGCCGCUGCUCUUUUUCUAUCUGCACUCCUGGGGCUGUAUCAGGAGCAUACUUAUCGUAUGUAUGGGAAGCAGUGGAAAGAAGCAUUAUUCUAUGGCCACUUUCUCUCACUCCCUCUCUUUACACCCUUCUAUUCCGACCUUAUCCAAACAUACAACGCCUAUACUUCCUCUCCAUCUCUCACUUUACUAUCCAUUCCUCGACCUUCAGCUUCCCUUUUCCCUGCCCUCUUCACUGAAAAUCCAACCUCUUUUUCGUCCGCCAAAUACUUUGACUGGCACGAGCUUCUCAUUCCUUCCGCCAUGUUUGCUCUCGCUCUCAACCUCAUCACUCAAGGUCUCUGUGUCAGGGGCGUGAACAGGUUGACGACGAGGGUGAAUUCGGUGACGGUGAACUUGGUGUUGACGGUGAGAAAGGCAGUCAGUCUGGCUAUCAGUGUUUGGUAUUAUGGGAGCGGACUGACAUGGAGCUUGGUCGUCGGUGGUGCGAUGGUGUUAUUGGGCACCAUCCUCUACUCCCUCGCCCCCGGUCCCAAAGGUCUAGGACCAUCCGCUUCAGAUAAAGAUAAGACACCAACGAUCAAAACCUCUUCACGACCUCGGCCUAUCAUUGUUGAGCAGAAAGAAGGCGACGGAGGGAAUGGAUCAAACCAGCAGUCCGAUCCUUUGGUAUCAGCCGGUCUGAGGUAUCGCCAAAGCCCUAUGGAAGGGUCUGUCAUGGAGAAAAGUGCAACGAAAAGCCGAUGAUUAUUGUUUGUAGACAUGUAUAGAGUCAUGA